AUUUGGACGGAUGGAGACCCCAUUUCCCUCCUCACCGCCGGCCUAUAUAUGCUGCGAGCAUCCUCUGCUCUUUCCCAACACAUUCAUCCAACAACCAACAACUCUGCUCUGCUUACCACACUGGAAUCAAUCUACCCAAGCUAGCUAGCUCAUCUGAUCGAGAUGGAGCGGCGAGGAGGAGCGGCGGCGCCGUCGCUGGAGCUGCCGGGGUUCCGCUUCCACCCCACGGAGGAGGAGCUGCUGGAGUUCUACCUCAAGCACCACGUCACCAGCAGCAGCAAGAAUCAUCAGGUCAGGGCGCCGUUCGACAUCAUCCCCACGGUGCACCUGUACCGGCACGACCCCUGGGACCUCCCGGGGCUGGCCGCCAUCGCCAGCGAGCGGGAGUGGUACUUCUUCGUGCCCCGCGACGGCGCCCGGAAGCACGCGGCGUCCGGCGGCGGCGGCAGCGGGCGCCCGAGCCGCACCACGGAGCGCGGGUUCUGGAAGGCCACGGGGUCCGACCGCGCCGUGCGCUGCGCCGCCGACCCCAAGCGCCUCGUCGGGCUCAAGAAGACGCUCGUCUAUUACCAGGGCCGCGCGCCGCGGGGCACCAAGACCGACUGGGUCAUGAACGAGUACCGGCUGCCCGACCUUGCCGGCGCCGGCGCCGGCGAGCAGCAGGACGUGGUGCUCUGCAAGGUGUACCGCAAGGCCGUGUCGCUCAAGGAGCUGGAGCAGCGGGUGGCCAUGGAGGAGCUCGCGCGCGCGCGCUCCUCCCCGCCCACCGCCACGGCCUCGCGCUCCCUCUCCCACUGCAGCGCCGGCUCGCCCGACGUCUCGUCCGCGUCGGAGGUCGCCCACGAGGCCGCCGUGCAGCACCACGGGGUGAAGAAGGAGGAGGCCGUGGCGGUGGCGGUGGCGAGGCCGGAGGCGAUGCGGCUGCCGCAGCUGGAGACGGCGAGGGGCGGGCUGGAGUGGAUGCAGGACCCGUUCCUGACGCAGCUGAGGAGCCCCUGGAUGGAGGGCCUCUGCUUGUCUCCCUACUACGCCAGCAGCGUCCUCAACUUCUAGAGCCAAAAAUUUAUUACUUCUACUAAUCCAUGAAGCCAUCUCAAAAUUCAGAGAUGAAUACAUCAUCCAGCAGGGUAUGCAGCGGUCGUCGAAUCUGGCAACAGACGCUCUUGAGAUGGAGUCUACUGCUUGGUUGGCAUAUAUGAAACUCAACAUAUAUAUGACACAACUAAGACAAAAGGAAUGGUGAAAUUUCACCAUGUGUAGUACAGAUAGAGGAGCCAAAUUUUCACUACUCUAUUAAUCACUAGUAGUUCAAUGGAGUCUGCUCAGAGUUCAUAGAUUCAAUGGAUGCAAGAUCGUACGUGUACAAGGUGUAUUCAAAAUUUCAAAUAUGCGGUCAAAUACAUGCGUAAUAGAUUGGGCAUUCACGCCAAAUUCCACGA